AUGGCGCCCGCGGGCUUCGGGGAGGCCCCCGCAGCACCUCCUGGCCAGACAGCGGAACCCUGCGGCCCGUGGGCGCCUCUCUCCUCCUGGAGAGCGUCUGGCGACCUGCUGCAACACGGAAAGUGCGAGACAGAGGAGGACAUUCGGAAAACUGAAGGGGACGCCGACGCAGAGGAGGAGGAAGAAGACCUGCGCACGUCACCGGAGGAAGUCUGCACGCUCAUUCAAGAGCUCGAACUCCGAGGCCUGAAUGAACCCGCGGCUUGGCUCGUUGACUUCCUGCCGAGGCACCGAGCUGCGUUCGCAGGCAGCGGCUGUCCGUCCGCCUUCCUCCAGCCCCGAGAAUGCGGUGACCUUCCGCCCCAGGCGUUUGCACUGCUGCUGCAGCUGCGCCCGCUUCUGCAGCGUCAGGCUUUCGCGGCGGCGGAGUGUCUCCUCCGCGCGAGCGUCGAGGACUCCGCGAUCCGCGUGUGUGUUCUUGAGAACUCCCUCCUGGCAUUUCUCCACUUCUUUUUGACCUUCAAGACUCGCGCCUCGUGCCCGGGGGCCCCUUCGGCCGCCUGCCGCGACGAGCCGCUGGCGCAGGCAAGUCUCUCCUCCCGCAGCCGCGGAGACGCGGACCCGGAGUCUCUCUUUUCUUCUCUGGUUCCGGGAAGCCGGCACGCAGUCCUCGAGACUCUCGCUUCUGACUUGACUUCCUGGCUGUCCGCCUCGCCUCGCCUGUCUCCUUCUUCUUCUGGCACGUCGUGCUCCCCCUCUCUCUCGCGGUCGCAGCAGAGAGGCGAAAGCUACCUCUGGUGGCUCCUUGGCGUCGUUCGAAGAGCUCAGAACGACCUCUCGCUGGCGUUCUACGCGUUCCUGCGUUCUCUGCGAGCGAAUCCGCUGAACAUCGCAUGCUGGCGAGACUUUGCGUCGCUCGUCGCGGCGCUUCGUUUCGGCGGCGCCGAGAGCCUCGCCUCGUUCUCUUCGCCUGAGCCGCGGACGCGCGCGGGCUUCCACGAAGGAAAGAGCCGCGCAGACGGCGCAGCCUCGCUGAACAGCCAGCGAGCAGACGCCGCCAGAACGGACGCAGGCGAGGCCCUGGACUCAGAAAAAGCAGCGAGAGGCGCGCGCGCCGCGUCGCUGCUGCAGAGGAGCUUCACAGAGGGAGUGCCCAGCGAGGACGACGGCGACUCAGACUUUGACGAGGACGACGAGCUCGUGCACGCGCUGGAGGAGGCCUCAGGCGGCAAAGCGCUUUUGGAGGGAGAGAAGGCGGCGGUCGCGUGGGUUGGCGGGUGGGCAUCUUCAGCCUCCGCCCGCGCAUAUAGUUCGUUCCUCCGCGAUCUCGCGCUUCCGCAGCACUUCAUGACGCGUGUGGGCUACGCGCUCGUCUGCAUGCACACACAGCGUCACGCAGAGGCCGCGAAGCACUACCACAAACUGGCUCUUGCGUUUCCAGACGUCCCGUAUCUGUACGCGCAGCUCGCAAAAUGCAGCUACGAGCUCAAGAGCUACUCGUACAGCCUGAAGUUCUUCAGCGCCCUCCACAAGCUGGCGCCGCACAGACUGGACUACGCCGACGACCUGUCGCACAUUUACUUCAUGCGGAAGGAAGCCGAGGCGCUCGGUCAGCUGACGCAGAAGUGCUUUAGCAUCGACCCACACGCACCGCAGACGCUGUGCGUGCUCGGCAACUUCCUCUCCGCGAAGGGCGACCACCGCGGCUCCAUUCGAUCCUUCAAGCAGGCCACGAAACUCGCCCCGCGACUCGUCUCGGCGUGGGUCGCGCUCGGGCACGCCUUUGUGGAGGCGCGCGAAGUCGUGCCGGCAGUUCGCGCCUACGAGGCCGCGACGCGCGCGGACCCCGGCGACUGCCGGGGCUGGUCGGGGCUUGCGCAGGUCUACGCACUCCUGGGGAACUGGUCGCUCGGCGUCGCCUUCUUCCAGAAGGCCUGCGACGCGAGGCCGACGGAGCCCCGUUUGUGGAUUCACCUCGGCGACGGCCUCGCACGCCUGGGAAGAGACGAAGAGGCGAUUCGCGCCUACGAGCAGGCGUGGUUCUGCGCGCCGCAGAUCGAGACGGCCACACGGCUCUUCCGAUGCUUCCAGGACAGAGACAGUGCCUGGGGUGUCGCGGCCUCGACGGAGGGCGCGCAGUGGGCGUUUGCGGUCGUCGAAAGGUUUCUUCUGCGUCCCAACGGAUCCUCCGAGGCAGCUUCAGUUUUCCGCAUGGCCUGGAGUCCUCUGCUCUCUUCGCCUCCUCUUCUCGCUUUGCCGCCGCAGAGAGCUCCUGUCAUCCUCGCCGUGUCUCUGCGGGGCGCGCCGGACGACGUCCUAGACUGUCUUCUGUACCUCGCCUACUUCUCUAGACUCUGCAGAGACGCCACAACGGCACAGCAGUUGUUAGCAAUCGGGAGAGACAUCGGAGGGCCGCAAGGGGAGGAAAUCGUUCAACUGCUUGGUGCAGACCGAGCGGAAGGAUCGUAA